AUGGUUUUAGUGAAAGAAAGAGAGAUGGAGAUCCCAGUUAUUGAUUUUGGUGAGCUGGAUGGAGAAAACAGAAUCAAGACCAUGUCACUUCUUGAUCAUGCAUGUGAUAAGUGGGGCUUCUUCAUGGUUGAAAAUCAUGGAAUUGAUAAAGAUUUGAUGGAGAAAGUGAAGGAGAUGGUUAACUCUCAUUAUGAGGAGCAUUUGAAAGAAAAGUUUUACCAGUCAGAGAUGGUAAAGGCUUUGAGUGAAGGCAAAACCUCAGAUGCAGAUUGGGAAAGCAGUUUCUUCAUUUGGCAUAAGCCAACUUCGAACAUCUGCAAGAUCCCAAACAUUUCGGAUGAACUCAUGUAA